UCGUCCCUUCCCAUAAUUGACUCAAUCAAAUAUAUGUGUGAUACGUAGUAGUUCGUUGAUUCAAUGGCAAGGCCAUCAUUUCAAAAGAAUUUAAACUUGAGCCUAUGUUGUCAGUUGUUAUUCGCAGUUCAAGCUAAAGGGAGCUUGGUUGUUUAAAGGAGAUCUCGUUCAUAAAAUGUGUAGGCCUACUUGUUCGACUCUUUCAUUUUUAUCAGUGUAUUGUUCAUUAUCAGCGCAUUAAUCUUAUGCAUAUUGGAACUUGGAAGGCUCCUAUUGUUGGCUGACCAUCAGAAAAAAUCUGAGCAUAAUCUAGAGUCAGGGUUCUCUGAAAAGGAAUCAGGUAUGUUGCAGCAAAUACUUCGUGACAUGUGGGUUGAUCCAGAAUUAUUGGCAGAGCUGGAUGAAUCACAGAAGCAGACAUUGUUCUGUAGAAUGAGAGAGGAACAAAUCAGGCGGUGGAAAGUGUGGGAUGAACAAGAAAAGAAAAAGCCAUUCAAACCUCCAUCUAUUGAUCGUGGUGGGGGAAGAAGAGUACAAUUCCUGAUGGGUGCAGAUGGAAAUCCAUGGACGUGGGUGAUGGGAGAGCACAAGGACGACAAAAGCAUAGAUCAGAUAUUGGAGGAAGAAGCUAGGGAAGCUGCACGAACACAGGCCGAAAAAGAAGCUGAACAACUCAGACUUUCUGUUGAGGCUGAACUGACAGAGUUGCUAGAGAUCAGUGGCCAAAAUGAAAUAGGAACGAUAGAGGGAACUGAAGACAUCUACUGCUCGGUGGACGAACUGAAGUUGCACAACAAAAUACCUGCAACGCCCAUCGUGUCAACUCAACUCAUCAACGAUUCCAGGCGGGAUGCCUUACAAGAGAUCUCAUUAAACAAGCCUCACAAUGUAUCACAAAGGGUCGCCAUGUGGGAGAAGAGGGUUAUGGAAGAAAGAACUUCUGAAAUUUUCAAGAAGAUUCAGAAAAAAAAGAUGGAAGCCGUCAAAGAAGCCGAGGAGGCAGAAUUCAAGCAAGAGCAGCUAUGGAGGGAGCAGGAGAGAAGAGCCAAAGAAGCUGAACAACAGAUUAGGGAAAUAGCACGUCGGGCCAGAGAAGAGCAUCGAAGAAGUUCCGUUCUAGAGAUGGACACAUCUCCACCCAACACUCCUCUAAUAAAUACAUCACUAAGUGGUGCAGUCAACAAACAGUCGUCGCACCUGGGCUUUGACGGUCCGAAGCCCCCCAACAAGGAGGCCAUAAUCGAGUGGUUCAGAUCCAGUGAGGUCGCUCGCAAGGCUGGACUAGAAACUGACAAAAAUGUAGUUGCGCCGUGGUUCCAUGGACUGAUAACAAGACAAGAGGCUGAAAAUCGACUGAGCUCACAGCCGGUGGGCAGUUUUCUGGUUCGAGUUUCGGAGCGCAUCUGGGGCUACGCCAUCAGCUACAGGGACGAAGACCGCUGUAAACAUUACUUGGUCGACGCUUCCAAUGGCCAUUAUCAGUUUCUUGGAUCAAACCAAAUCGCACAUAACACGCUAGGUGAUCUGGUGGCGUAUCACAGUAUUAAACCGAUCACUGUAAUUGGCGGUGAGACGCUGGGUAUUCCAUGCCGGAGGGCAGUCGGGGAGUCCACUCCAGCCAUCUUUAAUGGACUUCUCAUCAAGGCGCGAUGACUAUCUGUGAUCUAAUUUAUUUUACCAGUUUUUCCUAUUGAUUUGAGUAUGAUUCCUAGCAGCAUGAAAACGUUAUGCCCUCACUUUCAACGUUCAAAAUUUGAGCGUAUAUUGGUUAGUCAAAAUGGCGUGUACCGAUUUAUCAAACAAUAUUUCAAUGCAUUUAAACUCAAAUAAUAAAUGUUAUGGAACUCCCUUACGAGAUGAGAGAAUGAAACAGAUAUUGAUUAUUUAAUUUGUGUCAAUAUUCAUUUCAUUCACUCUUUUGUACCCUUCGGAAACCGAUGUGUAUAAUCUAAUAAUCUGUUUCUUCAGCUCUGUGGACCACAUUGAAAGACUGAUGAAAGAUCUAGUAUCAAUCCAUUAGAACAAAACCUUUAAUUUUAUACUUUUAUACAAGUGAGUUGCUUCUUGGAGGUUUAACCUUUCUUUUCAUUUUUAUUAAUUUUCAUCAACAAACUUUCCUCACGCAAGCUUCCUUAAACAGAAAAACUAGCAAGUUUAAAUUGUAAAAUUAGUAGGUUUUAUAAAUUGAAUUGUAGGCUUUAUAAAUAUUUUUCAUUUCUCCUUCAUUUGCCUAUUCUUAUGAUACGAAUCUCUCAUAAUGUUCAGUUUAUUGGAACUAUUCAAGUAAUUUACAAUUUUUUUCAAGUGACUACAAUUUUUUAUAAUUUAGAAUAUUCAUUAAUCCCUUAUUAAUUGUAUAAAUAACUAGUCUUAAUAUGUAUUGACAAGAAUUAUAAAUUGAGACUCGCGUUCUCUUUGUCUUCAAGUCGUCAUCACCUUCCAUUAACACAAUGAUAGGAGAAAAACGACUUGAUAGAUGAGUAACUCAAAAAUAACCAUUUGUAGACAUUUUCUAUUUCAAAUUCAAUCCAGAAUACAUUGAUAGGAUAAUUUAUUUCUCUUUUGGAAAAUUUAUAUCGUUGAGAUGAUUUUUCAUCAUUUGAAAUAAUUAAUAAAAUAGUCAACAUAGCUGUACAAUCUAUGUUGUGUAAUUUUUAUAAUAUAGAUAGAUGUUUAUGCAACAGUGAAACAUUUCAGAUACACCGUAAAUGCAUUCCUAGUUGGACUAUUACUUUUCCUCAAUUUAUAAAAUGUAAAUGUUUUGUAAAUAUUUAUUAUCAUUACUGGAAUAUUAUUACAUAAUUUACUUUAUUAAGCUGUCGACUAUUAAUUUUGAAUGAUAGACUAUUUAAUUAAUAAUAAUUACGUCAAGAAUUUGGAUGAUCAUUAUUGGAUUAACUGAAUUCUUCCAAUAUUUGAAGAUUAAUAGUAUUGUUUGGUUGAGAAAUAACUCAUAACCAAAAUAUUUCAAAUUCAGCUUUUAAAUUCUUCAAUCCAUUAUACAAGGAAUUUAAACUGAAAGAAUUGAGCUAAUACUCUCAUACACCAGUAAACAUAAAUAAUCCAGUUAUGAAAUAACUAGUUGCCAUUGAAUUGUAGAAUUUAUUCAUUUCUACCAUGUUAAUUAUUAAGCCCAUAUUUAUGAAGUGUUGAAUGCCAAGUUUUAAAGUUUUAUAUGUAUUUAUUAUAGUGAACUUUAUAGAUGAAAAUUGUGAUAUAUGCUUCAAAAUAUGAAAAUAUUAAUGUUUUAUACCAGACUAAGAACAAUUUUUUUGAAAACAUUUGUAAAUUAGACAUUAAAUAAUGUUAUAUUCUGAGCUGU